AUGUCUUCAUCUCUUGAGCAGCUCAAGGCCACUGGCACCACAGUCGUUUGCGACUCUGGCGACUUUCACACCAUCGAGAAGUACAAGCCUCAAGAUGCCACCACCAACCCCUCCCUCAUCCUCGCCGCCUCCAAGAAACCCGAAUAUGCCAAGUUGAUUGAUCCUGCCGUUGAGUACGGAAAGCAACAUGGCAAGGACAUUGACGAGCAGGUCGAUGCCACACUUGACAGACUGCUGGUCGAGUUCGGCAAAGAGAUCUUGCAAAUCGUCCCCGGUAAAGUGUCGACCGAAGUUGAUGCUCGAUUCUCCUUCGACACCCAGAAGUCAGUUGAGAAGGCUCGCCAUAUCAUUGAGCUCUACAAAUCCGUCGGCAUCGACAAGUCCCGCAUUUUGAUCAAGAUUGCCUCGACCUGGGAAGGUAUCAAGGCUGCGGAGAUCCUGCAGAACGAAGGUAUUAACUGUAACCUGACCCUCAUGUUCUCCCUGGUGCAAGCCAUCGCAGCCGCCGAAGCCGGUGCCUUCCUGAUUUCCCCCUUUGUCGGCCGAAUCCUCGAUUGGUACAAGGCCGCGAUGAAGAAGGAUUUCCCCGCCCACGAAGACCCCGGUGUCAAGAGCGUGCAGUCAAUCUUCAACUACUACAAGAAAUACGGCUACAAGACCAUCGUCAUGGGUGCUUCUUUCAGAAAUGUUGGUGAGAUUACUGAGCUCGCUGGCUGCGACUACUUGACCAUCUCUCCCAACUUGCUCGAAGAUCUGUAUAACUCCCAGGACAAGGUGCCGCAAAAGUUGAAGGCGGAAGAUGCUUCUAGCCUGGAUAUCCCCAAGCGCAGCUACAUCAACGACGAGCCGACGUUCCGCUUCGACUUCAACGAGGAGCAAAUGGCCGUCGAGAAGCUCCGAGAAGGUAUCAGCAAGUUUGCCGCGGAUGCAGUUACACUGAAGGGCAUUCUCCGGGAGAAGAUCGAGAAGGCUUGA